AUGUAUGAAGAAUUAACCCCCAAUGAAAAAAUUAAAAAACAUAAUGCAGUUCUAAAAUAUAUCAUUAUCAUCAUAUCCUUCUUUGGAUCGAUGUUGUUUGUUAAUAUCUUGGUUACAGGUUCAAUCUUUCAUCAUUUUUUUGAAAAAUUACGUGGUCAUUAUAAACAUGAAGUAGUUGAUUAUAAUGCUAAUUCAAAAAAUGGUUAUAUACCUAGAAAAGCUUACCCUGAUAUAAAAUCAAUGAAAAUUGUUAAUGAUGUAAGAUAUUAUGCUUUACAAUUGAAUCUUGAUUUAGAAGAAUAUACCAUCACGACUGAAGAUGGGUAUGUAUUAACUUUACAUCGAUUGAUUAAUCCAAAGGAAACCAAUGCUCAAAGAGAUCUUAAAAAACCUAUACUAUUCCAACAUGGAUUAAUGUCAUCAUCAGGAGCAUUCUUCACAUCAGGUUAUAACUCCUUACCUUUUCAUUUUGUUGAAUUGGGUUAUGAUGUUUGGUUAGGUAAUAAUCGAUCAUAUUUUGAACCAAAACAUAAAUAUUUUAAAAAUUUAUUCAAUAAUGAACAAUUUUGGAAUUGGGAUAUAAGAUCAUUAGCUUAUUAUGAUUUACCAUCUACUAUUGAAAAUGUAUUGAUUCAUAAACCAAAUCAUUCCAAAUUAAUCUUAGUGGGGCAUCUGCAAGGUGGUUGUCAAUCAUUCUUAUUAUUAAAAAAUGGUAAUUUAAAUAAAUAUCAUCAUUUAAUUGAAUUCUUUAUUCCUAUCGCUCCAGCAUGUUUCCCUGGUGAAAUCUUUCUUAAAGCUGGGUUCUUAAAAUUCAUAUAUUCUUUAAGUCAUGUAUCAUAUUUAUUAAUCUUUGGAUCAUGUUCAUUCAUACGAUAUUUAAAUGCUUUAAGAUCAAUAUUAUCAACUUAUAAAAUUUAUUACCUAUUAUCAUAUUAUGUCUUUAAUUAUUUAUUUGGAUGGAAUUCAAAACAUUGGGAUAAAGAUAAAAAAGUUUGGCAAUGUUUAAUGUUAUUUAAUGUGGUUUAUAUUUCGUCAGAUUUAAUGGCAUGGUACUUAUCUUCCUUUAUAGGACCCAGUUUUUCAAAUCAAUUAUUAUCGAAAAAAGCAUAUAAAAAUGGAGAUAACUACAAAAUCAAUAAUGAACCUAAAAAAGAGAAUUCUUAUUUACCAUUUUGUGAAACUUGGUUCGAUGAAAAUUGUACAAUCCCACCCAUGAUAUUAUUUACAGGUGAAACUGAUGAUAUGGUAGAUGGUGAUAGAUUAAUUGCCCAUUUAAGACAUUAUGAACCUAAUUUAAAAGAAGGAGAGAAUUUAUUCAUAUUUAAAAUCGCCGAUUAUUCUCAUUUAGAUGUGAUUUGGGCAGUUGAUGUUAUUGAUAAAAUUGGAAUGGAAGCUUCAAAAGUGAUCGAUAAUUUCCAAGGUCAAAAGAAUGAAUCAUUAGGUGAAACUACAGAACAAGUUGAAGAAAAAGUACCGUUAAAUGAAACAGUAAAUCCCGUACCACCACAACCAUCAUCAAUCAUUCCUCCUGAAGCUAUGAUUCCUAUAACUGAACCUCAAGUAGUUAAAGUGGAGUCAUAG